GGACAGACGCUGUGCGUAGAGCGGAAGUUGAAUGAUCAGCUGAUCGUGCUGCUGUUGUUGAUGCCUGAAGUUGCUUGUUUGAGCACUGUGUUGCUCUAAUCUGCUGCUGUCACAGAGGACACUUAAAAUCACACAAGGGACACGGUGGAGAUUUUCCUCACGACGAUUUAGAAGUAACAAGGCUAUUAUUUUCUCUCAGCAGUGACAUAUUUUUGCGCUAGGCGACAAGGGAGCUAGCUUUAAGCUUGAGCCUCGGUAAAAGAAAGACCACAGCCGAAGACUGGAUGUACGUUUAUUGUCCUUAAUGUGCAAGUGCAAAAGCAAUAUUUUUUGUUUUGACUGUAUAGUUUAUUUCCCGUGUGCCAGUAAUUAAUCUGUAUCGUAUGUUAUAACUUUGUCCAGCGACAGCUAGCACUAGCCAACAUUAGCUCAUAGCUCGAGGAGUCUUGUUGUCAAGCUUUGUUCCUUUCGUAACCGCUCAACUCUCACAGAUAACGAGCUGAAAGAUUACAGCUGUUUGGUCACUUUUGUACAGAAUACUUGUUAUUCGCUGUGGCUUUUUUUUUUUUUUAAUGCGGGACAGUGUACGGGUGCAGCUGAUGAGCUUUUAACUUCGUAAUAAAUUUAUAUUACUGAAGAUUGUUUUGUGUCGAACAAACAUUAUUUACGUUUUUGUUGGCUGUUUUUUGACUGCCUUUAUUGAUCUCUCUAUUUUAAAUGCCACAAACUGGCAUUAGGUCAAGGGACAGCUGGCCUUGUGCGUGUAGCUUGCUCACAGAUUGCGUAAUUUGUUUAUGUGCGAUCUGCUGGCAGCAAAGUGUCACGAGUUGUAUUUGACAAGUCUAACUAGUUAGUGUUGUUGUAGGUACUUUAGUUUUUUUUAUGUUUUUCAUAUUUUUGAUACUGUCUGGAAUGUCAGUAGUACACGGCAUGUGAUACAGUGGUCACUCUAAUUACAGUUUGAAAGUUUUCUUGUGCCGUUGGUAUAGUUGAAAAAUUUAGUGACUUGCGAUAUGAAAUAACUGGUUGUCAGGCUUCACUGAAACCGUAAACAACCGUGUAAAAGAGGGUCCCUUACUGGAUCCCAUUGUGUAUUGAAGUGUGUAAGCUGCAGCACUAGUUGCCAAUGCUGGACCUGGAGGUGGUCCCUGAGAGAUCACUUGGAAAUGAACAAUGGGAAUUUGCCUUAGGGAUGCCAUUGGCCCAGGCCAUCUCUAUUCUCCAGAAACACUGCCGCGUCAUUAAAAAUGUCCAGGUGCUGUACAGUGAGCAGCUUCCACUUAGUCAUGACCUUAUACUGAACUUGACUCAGGAUGGGAUUAAACUGCUGUUUGAUGCCACAAAUCAAAGACUCAAGGUCAUUGAAGUGUAUGACCUUAGCAAAGUCAAGUUGAAAUACUGUGGAGUGCAUUUCAACUCUCAAGCCAUUGCUCCUACAAUAGAGCAAAUAGACCAGUCUUUUGGAGCUACGCACCCUGGAGUUUACAAUGCUGUGGAGCAAUUGUUUCAUCUCAAUUUCCGUGGUCUCUCCUUCUCUUUUCAACUGGACUCAUGGAAUGAAGCUCCCAAGUAUGAGAUUCCACAUGGGGCCAUGGUGAAAAGAAUGCACAUCUAUACAGGCAACAACCUGCAGGAAACAAGAGCUCCAGCUAUGCCGUUAGCUUGUUUCCUUGGUAACAUCUAUGCAGAGUGUGUGGAUGUCGUGAGAGACCAGGCUGGACCCCUGGGGCUGAAACUCCGCCUACUCACUGCAGGCUGUGGACCUGGUGUGAUGGCAGACUCCAAAGUCCGCUGUAUCGAGAGGAGCAUCUCUUUUGGUGAUUCAUGUCAGGAUGUGUUGGGGGCACUGGGCUCACCACACAAAGUCUUCUAUAAAUCCGAAGACAAGAUGAAGAUCCACUCUCCAUCCCCUCAUAAGCAGGUUCCUUCAAAAUGUAAUGACUACUUCUUCAAUUACUUCACCCUGGGAGUGGAUAUCCUGUUUGAUUCCACUACCCACCUGGUGAAAAAGUUUGUCCUCCAUACAAAUUUUCCUGGACACUACAACUUCAAUAUAUAUCAUCGAUGUGACUUUAAGAUUCCAAUAGUCAUCAAAAAAGAGGGAACUGACUCUCAGACAGAGGACUGCAUCUUGACCACCUACAGCAAGUGGGAUCAAAUUCAAGAACUCUUAGGACAUCCAAUGGAAAAACCUGUAGUGCUACACAGGUCUUCAUCAGCAAACAACACCAACCCAUUUGGCUCUACCUUUUGUUUUGGACUGCAGAGGAUGAUCUUUGAGGUGAUGCAGAAUAACCACAUAGCAUCAGUUACAUUGUAUGGAGCUCCACGGACCACCAGUCAACCCCGGCCCGGGUCAAGUGGUAGUUCCCACUGAUGGCAUCAAACCAGUACCUGCAUUGACUAAACCUCCAGGCCUGUGAUUUCUAACCAAUCAAAUUCAAGUCACGCCUCUCCGAUUGCUUCUCAUUGACUACCACUCAAAUCCAAAAGUUUGGCCAGACCACGUGCUAAAGCCCAGCUUUUGAUGUCACCUUGGAGCACUCGCUGGGGAUCCUCAUAUUAUUUAGUAGAAGUAUUCUAAUGCUGCAACAUGGAAAGGCUUUCUUGUUUAAGAUGGCCACCAGUAUAGCAUUGUGGCUCAACCAGCAUUCAAUUACAAGAGCAUAGAUUUAUUGAGUCCAGUUUUGAAGCAAACUUGACAUCUACAAAUACUGCCAGAUAACGCUUGAACCACCUGUCUUCCUGCCACAACCUUUUCAUAUAUAUAUAUACAGCUACAGGAGUCAGACCAGCCCACCUAAAAGCAGACAUUCAGCGCUACACUGGACUGCAACAGUAUUUUAUUUUAUUGGAGAGUACUACACACACUCAGGGUUGGGAGAGUAAGAAAUUUAGUCAGACUAAAACCACUUUCGGCCAGUGUGAGGCGACGUGGAGCCCCGAGCAAACUCAGAUCUGUUUAUUGUUUCCAGGAUGUUUCUCUGGACGGUCAUUGCUCUGGUCCGUUGCUCGCCCACAAAACACAGAAGAGAGAAUGCAUACAUUUGAGGAUUUAAUUAAAGCACAUGAAACAUUUCCUCUGUUCUGUAGAUAUAGGUAUCAUCACAUUUGCCAUUCAGAGUGACAGGAAACACAUGAUUUGGCAGAAUGAGAGGUAAUCUACAACAAGCACAAAAUACUAGUUCAGUUAUUCAAGUCCGUCCUUAUGCUUUUGUGAGGACUUAAAUUACUUUUUCACAGUAAGAGCAUUUCCAUUUUUGUAUUUUUAAAACAUAUACAUUUGCACUAAAACACACUUUUACUUGAUUACAUCAUAUCUUUACAAAUGGACAUUUCUAGAUAGUAAAAUGUGUUCUUUUUUGUACAGAUGAGAGCCACAAUUUGUCCUCAGUGUUACAGCUUCCCAUUUCUACAUGCACUUUAGGUUGUUGUGUUGCAGUCCAGCUCUCAUCUUCUUUGUUUGUCCGAUUGCCAAUUGCUACAGCCAAAGAUAUUUCAGGAUGACUGCAUCAGUCUCUGUUACUGUAUGCCUGUUGUAUGAUGAGCGCAUGUCCUCACCCCUCCCUCUUAUUCUCUCUCUGGUCACUUCAUAACUUUCACAAUGCACUGAAACUGGAGUUUCAUGUGGAUUUGGUCACACUUGUGUUCUGUUAUAUUCAUGUGAGUGAAGUCAUGGAUCAUCACCGCUUAACAUAGAUGUGACUUUGUACAUUACUUUCAAAUCUGAAAGUUAAUUUUCAUUUAAAAUUCAAUAAAUGGUGCAAUACACAUUAUACAGUGUUUGCUUAGGUACAGAUCUUACUUUUCUAUUGAACAUGUAAAUGCUCCAAGGUGUAUGUCAGAGCCCACACAUUUAAAUAUGUGAGUCUUUAGCAAAACCUAUUAUUGUAACAAAAAAGUCAGAUACUGAAUGGUUUGCCACAUAAAACCUCCAAAUCUUUUGUUUGUUUCAAAACCUCACACUUUAGUUCAUGGGCUCUGAUGUUUUACCUUAUUGUACAUUUGUUGUAAAUAAUAUGUGCUCCUGUUCUGCUGACCUGUUGUUAGAGGUUUCUCUUGAUCUGAGCUCUGGCUCUUUCAGUCUGAAUGGUCCAGUUUGAACAACUGUGUUGAAAGACAUUCAUUUGUAACACUGGCACAAGAGCCAUGCCCACUUACACUGCUACUGUAGACUGACAUGUUCAUAUCUGAGCCUCAAAAUAUUUUUGGCUGCUUGGAGCUUGGAACCAAUAAAGUAAUUGCUCUGCAGUUGGAUUGAGCAGUGAUAAUGUAAAGUCUGGUGGAGAGAAACAGCUCAAGGAGUCUCAAGGUUUAACUCCUGGACUCCCUUGUGAUUAGGUUGUGGCUUUAGUAAUGUUAGCUUGUGCUUCUGGCAGUAACUACAAGGAAAUAAAAAUAUGCUUUUAAUGCAGGUGAAUAUGUGAGAACAAACACAAAAUGGUAAAUGGUUGAACAUUGUGCCUCAUCUCCCACCAAGCCUGUCUUUCUCUGUCCUCUGUAAAAAGCAAUCUCCUCUUCUAAUGAGAAUGCAUGUGAACAGCAUUGUUGUACAGUGUAUGUACUGUAUGUGCGUGUCACUAAGCAGAGUUACUCAAGUGAUGUCCUAGCUGCAGUUUUCUUCUGUAAUUUGUUUGCUGGCUGCAUAAGAACAGCUUUGGGUUGGGGUUUUUGCAAAAGGGGCUGUGGUGGAGGUUCAGUAGCUUUUUACCCUCAAAGGCUCACUGUGAUUUUGUAAUCGAUUGCUUCAGGAGCUCUGGGCUGCCGAGCAUUUAGCACCUAAAACAAAUCGUAAGCAUGCAGUAAUGGGAAUGCUGCUUUCGUAGCUUUUGGCUUUUUGAUAAACUGCCUCACAUGUUUCUUUAUAGGGAAAAAUAAUUGCAUAUUCUAAACAUGAUCACCAAUGAGUUAUUUGGGCUAAGAUGCUCAGAAAUGAGUCUCUGAAUUUAACAUGAAUUUAACCCACACAGUGGAUAAGCAGGGCUGAGCCAAGCUUCUGUCCACUGUGAAACUUUUCAGUUUGUAAUGUUGUCCCAUUUUAGUCAGCCCAGCCCAGCGUAUGAGCAGACUGCUACGAUGAUGUAAUGUGUGAAGGACAAAGGGAGAGCGGUGGGUAGUGAAAAUCGCCCCUAACUCAGGUGACCAUAUCAUACCCUUGUUUUUCUACUGUUUGAAGCUGAAAAACAAGUGGCUCUGCAGAGCUGUGUGGCUGUCAGUGAAUGAGAUGAGUGACUGUUAUUUGUAAUGGGACAGCUUCAGUUUGGUGUAAUGAUAAAAUCAUGUUAAUGCCUUGUAUCAUAUUAAUGUUUCUUCUUGCUUCAUGUUCUGUUGUUCCUUACUCUCCAGACUAUUUUUGUGGCCGUAAAUUUUAAUCCUGUUUCUGGAAAUGGGACAUUAUACUUAAUUAAAACUUGUGAAAUCCA